GCAGCCGAGCCCAUGGCCCACGAGGAGGCGGCGGCGGCCGGCGAGGAGGUGGCCACGGCGGAGGGCGGCGGCGGCGGGCUGCUGCUGGAGAUCGUGGGCUCGCCGCUCAACCUGAGCCUGCUGGGGCUCUGCCUCUUCCUGCUCUACCAGAUCGUGCGCGGCGAGCGGCCCGCGGCGCCCGCGGGCGAUGCGGAGCCGCCGCCGCCGCCCAAGAUGCGGCGCCGCGACUUCACGCUGGCGCAGCUGCGGCCCUACGACGGCGUGCGCGAGCCGCGCAUCCUCAUGGCCGUUAACGGCAAGGUCUUCGACGUCACCCGCGCCCGGAAGUUCUACGGGCCCGAGGGCCCGUAUGGGAUUUUUGCUGGAAGAGAUGCAUCCCGAGGCCUUGCCACUUUCUGCCUGGAUAAGGAGGCUCUGAGGGAUGACUACGAUGACCUCUCCGAUCUYAAUGCUACGCAGCAAGAGACCCUGAGGGACUGGGAAUCACAAUUCACUUUUAAGUAUCACCAUGUUGGUAAACUGCUGAAGGAGGGUGAGGAACCUACUGUAUACUCUGAUGAAGAAGAAAAAAAUACUSAAGAUGGAAAGAAAGAGUAGAGAAUGUAGUGAGGAACAAUCCACUUUUGUAUCUUAAAGGAUCAUUUUUAACAUUCCACUUCUAUUUUACAAGUUCUAACUGCAAGAAUGAGUACAAAAGGUCCAGGUCCAAUAAUUGCAUUUAUUUUCAAAGGUUUCCCUUUCAAAUUCAGUCAUAAACUGGUCAAGAUGAAAUGUCUGUCUUCCUUUAACCCUGUAUAAUCUGAAGUAUGCACAAAAAUUGUUUGUGCAAAAGUAAACUGCAAUUUUUGCAUUAAAGGACUAUCACUGUUUUCCUUUUGCCACUAUUUAGUGCAGGUAGGUUGAAAUCCAAAGUUUUUCAUUAGCAACCUAGCACUGCAGCCACAAGCACAAGAGCAACUUCACAUAUGUAAUCCAAAUCUCACUAAAUUUGAUUUAGUAUUAGCUUUCACAGGAUCUGGGCAUUGRGUUCUAAGUCUAAUUUCCUUAGAAAAUGAACUCUAUUUUUUUUUGUCCAUGAGGCAUCAUGCUCACUUAUGGUGCAGUAUAAUUCAGUAUAAUGUUAGAUAAUUUGACUUUUUAAGGAGUUAAAAAGAGGCUUACAGAUGAAACACUAACUGCUUUUUAAAAAGUUAGUAAUUUUUGAGAGCUUAAAUCACUUGGAGACUUACAGAAUUAGUAAUGACUGUUGAAUACUUGAUGUAUUCAGUCAUGCAGCUGAAUUAACAUUCUUUGCUUACUUUUAAAGCACAUCUAAAGUGUUACAAAGGUUUAGACAUUGAGUGUAACUUAACUGGGCAUCCCCCCAGAAAAGGGACAUGUGAAAUGUGACUCAGCAGGAUGACUUUACAUUCACGUUUACUCUUAGGAAAACUCUUUGUGAAUUUGAACAAAAUGAAAUUAAACAGUGAAAAUCAUUUGCUACUGAU